AUGCCGCGACUGCGCCAACAGAGCUGGGGAGCAAUGUCCCCCAUGGACACAUCCAUUAUCACUAACCCGCUUGACGAGGAGCAACAACGCAUGCUCGAUCAAGCGGCAAGCGCACGGCGCAAGUCGGAAGUUCAGACAACGUUGCUACGACACAGUGAAUAUACGUUCACGCCACCUGGCGUGAUUGAGCUCAUUCGUCAAGCGUCACGCCAUACGUUGGCGACAUAG